GUCUUGCUGAUCUUCCUGGUUGCGCGGAUCUUCGACCAGGUGGUGGGGAUCUUCUUGGUACUGCGGUUCUUCCUGAUUGUACGGGUCUUCCAGGUCCUGCUGACCUGCCUGGUUGUGCGGAUCUUCUUCCUGGUCCUGCGGAUCUCCCUGGUCGUGCUGAUCCUCUCGGGGGUCCUGUGGAUCAUCAUGGACGCGCGGAUCUUCUUAGUUCUGCGGAUCUUCUCGGAGGUCUUGCUGAUCUUCCUGGUCGUGCGGAUCUUCGACCAGGCUGCGUUGAUAUGCUUGGUCCUGCGGGUCUUCCUG